CAAACAGAAGACGGAGAGAGUUGGGGAAAAAUAAGCGCAAACAUUUAGCAAUCUGUCCGUAAGUUAGUACAUAUCAGAGCAUUAACUAGUUACACAAUGUCUGAAGAAAAGCCAAAGGAAGGAGUGAAGACUGAAAACGACCACAUCAACCUUAAGGUUGCAGGUCAAGAUGGGUCAGUAGUCCAGUUCAAAAUUAAAAGGCACACUCCGCUCAGCAAGCUGAUGAAGGCGUACUGCGAAAGACAGGGUUUGUCAAUUAGACAGAUACGGUUUAGGUUUGACGGACAGCCAAUCAACGAGACCGACACACCUGCACAGCUUGAGAUGGAAGACGAGGAUACUAUUGAUGUAUUUCAACAACAGACCGGAGGAGGCUCCUUCCUCUCAGAGGCUUCUCUUAAAGGUGUAUGGACCCUCUGAGGCGCCUCCCCC